CUACUUACUACCACUACUCCUCCUGACUACUAACCUCUAAUUACUACUACUGCUAACUCAUUUGGAGAUACACUGUAACCUAGCUAAGAAUACCUAGGCACUUACCCGCAAGGCUAGCGCCCAUUCCAUUUCUGGGGCGUACGUUGACGCGUCGUCAAGGACGGGCCAGGAACAAGAAAUGAUCGGCCCAUUUGCUCGCGAAACGAGCGCUGUCGCACAUGGCCCAUCCCUGUGCUGGGAAUCCCAAUACGAUUAUGAUGAGUAUGAUUAUGGGUAUGAUUAUGAUUCACAGAAUGAAAAGAAAAAAAAAAGACAAGGAAAAAGGAAAGGAAAACAUAAUGCAAGCGCCGAAAAAGAAUAAGGGAAAAAGUCUAUCUUUGUCCUGGUCCUCCCUGGAUAGGGCGUGUGUGUGCGAGCGCGCGGCUAAGAAGCACCCAAGAACAUCCUUUCGGGCAUCAGAUUGCCCAAAGCGUGCGCUUGAUCUGUUCUGCAACCUAAUGACCGUUUUUUCUUGUGUUGCGGCGUGCGUCGGUGUGAGUGUGGCAAAUGGGCACCUAAUUUCCCCUUUCCUUUCUGCGCGAUAGAGAGAGUCAACACGUCCCCCUUGGCACCGACCAACGGGAAUAGGUU